GGACCACUCCCCUAGGCACAACACAAAGCGGCCACGAUGAGAUAAUAAAUGACAGGAAGUUUGAUCUAACGACCAACGCCUCCUCCGGUUCCAUAGUUAAUGCUCACACAGCUCUUUCCCUUCUCUAUCAUCUCUCUAUUUACAUAUUCUCAAGGCUCUGGUUUUUGAGAUUUUUUAGUCGUUUCAGAAAUAUAACUCCUUGGCUUUUUGUUUAAUCGUUCAUUUUUUUUUUUAUCAAAAAAGUCUCAUCAAUAACAUUCAGAGAUAUCGUUUCUCUGCAACAGCUCUACAAAUGGCAGAAGAUGAAGAAAUCAGAAAGCACCUGGUGCUGGUGAAACCUAUCUCGUUGGAAGAUGAUAAUGAUCCUGAGCACACAGCUUCGAAUGUCAUCCGUCGGAUCCUUAGUCUCUUCAAGAACGUGCGUCCAGGAUCCGAUCUCACCAAUUUUCAGCUGCCACCUCAGCUGAACCUACCACGAUCGCAACUCCAAUGUUACGGCGAGAUGGUCUACAGCUUUGGUGGUCAGGAUCUGCUGGGAGAAUGCAGCCGCCGCGAGCUUCCGAUCGAACGGCUCAAAUCGGUGGUGACGUGGAACCUCUCCACAUUUCGUCCGGUGGUCUUUGGCACGUCACCUUACAACCCCGUCGUUGGCGAGACGCACCAUGUCUCCAACGGUUACAUCAACGUCCUCGUCGAACAAAUAUCGCAUCAUCCUCCGGUAACGGCACUUCAUGCGACUCACGAGAAGGAAAAUAUUGACGUGACGUGGAUUCAGUAUUAUACACCCAAAUUUCGUGGUGCUUACGUGGACGUUGAGGUAAAGGGUAAAAGAGUGAUGAAGCUUCUGAAUCGCAUAGAGGCUUACGAGAUGGACCAACCGAGACUAAUUAUGAGAUUCUUACCGGUGCCGGGAGCUCACUGGGCCGGAAAAAUCAAGAUUAAGUGCUCGGAGACAAAUCUCGAAGCUGAAUUUCACUUGCUCUCCGAUUCCAUCAUCGAAAGAUUCAGAGGCAACAACAACAAUAGAUCCGUCAAAGGAAAGAUCUCUGAAUCUUCCUCUGGGGAUAAGCUCUACGACAUCUUUGGCCAUUGGGACAGGACAGUAAUGGCGAAAAAUGUCAAGACCGGCGAGCUUGAGGUUAUCUACAAUGCCAAGGAGAAUAUCUCAGAACUCAAACCUCCGACUGUCAAGAAACCGCAGGAGGUAAUGGAGACAGAGUCGACGAUGGUGUGGAGUGAGUUAAGUGAAGGGAUACUGAAGAAAGACUGGGAAAGAGCAAGAGAAGUCAAGAGAGCUGUGGAGGAGAAACAGAGAGAGUCUCUUAAACAAAGAGAGGCUUCUGGUGAGUCAUGGGUUCCAAAGCAUUUCUCAGUGGUCAAGAACGGUAAAGACUGGGACUGCUCACCGUUGCAGCCUACGGUUCCUCGUGCUCCGCUCGUCAUCACAGAGCCACAAGGAGAAUCAUAA